UGGAGUGAUCUCGACCAAUGUUCGACACCUUCAACUCCGACCUGAUAACUGCGUAUGAUCAAGACAUCUCGCUUUUCUCAAAGUUUUCUGAGAGCGCUGCUCUCGUCCCUAGUUCCAGAGCCGCAAUUUUUGUCUAAUACUACAGCCCCUAUCCUUGGUAUUGCAUCCCCACUUCCCUAUCUCGAUAUAACAUUGUGGCCUUUUCUGGGCUGUACCUCGGGUAUCCCCAGCUGGGAGCAAGGACGCAAGACACCAGGGAACCAGACCCUUGCCACAGGAUAUGAGUAGGAGUCUAAGCUGGUCUGAGCAGCUGGAUGCGCUUCUCAGCGCUACUGAUGGAAAUGUGGCCCGGAUUAAGCAGCGACUGUAUCCUUUUGGGGUCUCCUCCGCAGAUAGACUAUGCACUUAUCCCAUCCUUUUUGCCUUAGCAAAGGACCUGGCUGAGACCUGGGUUUCCUCUCAUCACUUGCCUCCCAAGUUACCGGUAGGAGUGGAAAGCCAGACUCCCACAGCCCCAGAGAAGCUGACCUGGCCUGAGGUCUAUAGUUCAUUCCAUCUCUGGGAUGAAGUUACUGUUCUCCGAUCCCAGCUUCGAUCUCAGGCUCAGGUGACCGAGGCACUAAGGCAGGCUGUGCAAGGCUUGGUGGAAGAGCAAGAGCAGCAGAACUACCAGAUCGGUGCCCUGGAAGCAUCACUAAGGUUGCUGCAGGGAGGCCCAGAGGGGAGGGCUUGUCUGGAGCAACGCCUGGAGGAGCUGAGAAGGGAGCUGCAGGGCCUUCAGAGCCAGGUGCUGGAGCAUACCCAAGUCCAAGCACGGAUGCAAACAGAACCAUUAAUGUGCAGUCCUACCACUGGCCUUCAGGAGCUGCAGACUGAGCGGCAAGGCUUGGAGGAGGAGGCAGAGAGUCUGCGGGAGGAAGUGAAGUUGCUGCAGCAUCAGCUAAGCCAGCACCGGGAGUUGCUGCUGAAACACAUGGCUGAGGGGCAGCCGACUCAUGCCUGCCCCUGGAAGGACAUGAGAAGCUGUCCUUGGCCACAUGAAUGUUCCAAGUAUGCUGAAGAGGACAAUCAUGGGGAGGGGAGUGGGAGAGGUUUGGUCCUACCUGAUAUUGUGGACUGGCAGAUGUUGAAGCACCUGCAAAGUGGCCAGAAAGGCAAGGGUCACACCCUGGAGGUUACCAGUACAGAGGCCCAGGAUGCGCGGCGGAAGCAUGACAUACUCAGAACCUCUGUUCGUGUCCUCCAAUCUAAACUGCCCCUGGCCACCACCUUUGGCACAUCCCUUUUUUCGUCUAGCUCUGGAGUUGGUCUUCUGGACAGUAACAGCAGCUGGGAACUUUUAUGGCAGCUAGGUGGGGCUUUCCAGAGGAGCACCCUUUCUAACUUGGAGCCCAGCAGCUUUCAUCUCCACGCCCAGAGUCUUGAACAAGAGACUUUGCUUCAGAGCCCCAAGAUGCGCCUGAGUGACCUAUAAGGACUUAUAAGAGUAGUGGGAAGAAGGCUUCAUUGCUCAUCCUUCCCUUCAAGGCCCUGCUUGUAGGCCACCUGCCCCUCCCCUCUUUACCUCACUGGUAUUUGCCCUUUCUACUGAGGCUUUUUACUGCCUGCCCAUCUCUGUCCUCCCAACUGCAAUAAAAUGGU